AUGGGCUUUGCACCGUGCAGUGGGGGGCUCCGCGUGCGCUCGGGGGGCCCUGCGGGUUCGGGGUUCCCGCAGUGUCGGGGGGCCCGUGCGCCAGAACGGCGGCGGCUCCGCAGCGCGGCCGGUCCGCGGGCGGGGGGGCCGGGGGGGCCCCGCUGCACCGCGCCGGGCUCGGCGCCGCCGGCAGCGCGAGUGCCCCGUGCCCCCCCGUGGGGUCCGUCCCGCCGCGUGGCCCUCGGGGGUGACACCCCCAGACCCCCCGGAUCGCGGCGAUGCCUCGGGCUCCCGGGCGGCGCGGGCACAGCCCCGGUGCCCCGGCCGGCGCUGACGGACACGCGCCUCUGCGAGCCCCCCCGGCAGCCGCCGGCCACCAUGGACCCCCAGAGCGACACAGAAAACUGCCCCUUUAAACAACUCCCAGCCCCCUCCGUCAUUCCCGGGACGUCCCCAUCCCUUUUCCCCCCCGACCCAGCGUGUCCGGCAGGGCCGGAGGGGCCGGAGGGGCCGGGGCCGGAGGCGGGGGUGGACGCGGGGCUGGCGGCGGCGCGGGAGCAGCAGCUGCAGCGGGAGCUGGUGGCCCUGAAGCAGCAGCAGCAGCUCCAGAAGCAGCUGCUCUUCGCCGAGUUCCAGAAGCAGCACGAGCACCUCACCCGCCAGCACCAGGUCCAGCUCCAGAAGCACCUCAAGCAGCAGCAGGAGGCCCUGGCCGCCCGUCGGCAGCAGGAGCUGGAGCAGCAGCGGCAGCGGGAGCGGCAGGAGCUGGAGCAGCAGCGCCUGGAGCAGCUCCAGAGCCUGCGCCCCAAGGACCGCGGCCGUGACAGCGCCAUCGCCAGCACCGAGGUGAAGCUGAAGCUCCAGGAGUUCCUGCUCAGCAAAACGAAGGAGUCGGGCCCCGGCGCCCCCAACCAUUCCCUCCCCCAGCACCCCAAAUGUUGGGCUCACCACACCUCGUUGGACCAGAGUUCCCCCCCCCAGACCGGCAGCCCGGGGACCCCCCCGUCCUACAAGCUCCCCCUCCUCGGCACCUACGACGGCCGCGAUGAUUUCCCGCUCCGCAAAACCGCCUCGGAGCCCAACCUGAAGGUGCGGUCGCGGCUGAAGCAGAAGGUGGCGGAGCGGAGGAGCAGUCCCCUCCUGCGGCGCCGCGACGGCUCCGUGCUCAGCGCCUUCCGCAAGCGCCACGUGGAGAUCACCGGUGCGUGGGGACACGCCAGGGGACACGGGCUGCGCUCACGGCCGGGGCUCGCUGCCUGCCACCCUGUCCCCGAGCCACCGGCCGCGUCCCCAGAGCCCCCGCGGGGCGCCGGGGCUGGUGUGACACACGGGGUGUCAGUGUGUGACACACGGGGUGUCACUCUGCCCCACCCCGCCCUCGCCCGCACCCAAUCGUCCCCCGCCAGCGUCAAACCCGCCCAGCCCGAGGGGCCCCCCAAACACCUCUUCACCACAGGUGUGGUGUACGACACGUUCAUGCUGAAGCACCAGUGCACCUGCGGGAACACCACCAUCCACCCCGAGCACGCCGGCCGCAUCCAGAGCAUCUGGUCCCGGCUGCAGGAGACGGGGCUGCUCGGCAAGUGCGAGCGGAUCCGGGGCAGGAAGGCGACGCUGGAGGAGAUCCAGACGGUGCACUCGGAGCACCACGCGCUGCUCUACGGCACCAGCCCCCUGAACCGCCAGAAACUGGACAGCAAAAAGCUGCUGGGUCCCAUCACUCCGAAGACGUACGCGGUGCUGCCGUGCGGGGGCAUCGGGGUGGACAGUGACACGGUGUGGAACGAGCUGCACUCGUCCAGCGCCGUGCGCACGGCCGUGGGCUGCCUGCUCGAGCUGGCCUUCAAGGUGGCCGCGGGGGAGGUCAAGAAUGGCUUCGCCGUCAUCCGUCCCCCAGGCCACCACGCCGAGGAGUCCACGGCCAUGGGCUUCUGCUUCUUCAACUCGGUGGCCAUCUCGGCCAAGCUGCUGCAGCAGCGGCUCAGCGUGGGCAGGAUCCUCAUCGUGGACUGGGACAUCCACCACGGGAACGGGACCCAGCAGGCCUUUUACAGCGACCCCCACGUGCUCUACAUCUCCCUGCACCGCUACGACGACGGCAACUUCUUCCCGGGCAGCGGCGCCCCCGAGGAGGUGGGCAGCGGGCUGGGCGUGGGCUACAACAUCAACAUCGCCUGGACCGGCGGCGUGGACCCCCCGAUCGGGGACGUGGAGUACCUGACAGCCUUCAGGACCGUGGUGAUGCCCAUCGCCAACGAGUUCUCCCCGGACCUGGUGCUGGUCUCUGCCGGCUUCGACGCCGUCGAGGGCCACCUGUCCCCGCUGGGUGGCUACUCCGUCACCGCCAAGUGUUUCGGGCACCUGACGAAGCAGCUGAUGAUGCUGGCGGGGGGCCGGGUGGUGCUGGCGCUGGAGGGGGGACACGACCUGACAGCGAUCUGCGACGCGUCCGAGGCGUGUGUCACCGCCCUGCUCGGCCUCGAGGUACGGGGGACACCCCCGAGCCCCCCCAGCCCUGCCCCAGGGCCGUUCCGGGGCGCACACCCCGUGCCGUGCCUCAGUUCCCCCUCCUUGCUCGGUGGGGGGCUCCGGUCCCGUCCCCGCUGUCCCUUUGGGGGUGCCGGUGUCAGUUUUGGGGGGCUCACGGCGUGUCCCCGCUGUCCCUUUGGGGGUGCCGGUGUCACCGGAGGGGCCUCGGAGCGAUUUUAG